AUGGAACGAUACUUUAAGAGAAGGUUCGCAUCAAUUACUCCUAGUUCGGAUAAUGUGGGUAGUUCAAGUUCGAGAGAUGUGGAUAUUUCUAGAGAUGUGGAUAGUUCGAAAGAAUGUGAGUUGCAAGAUAUCUUGGCUCAUUUUAUUGCAGACCCUGGACUUCGACCUCAAGUGUUGGAUUAUGAUCCUAACAUUAGAGACGAAGUUCGAAGAGCAUAUCUACAAAAGGGUCCAUCUUCUCUUGAUUGCGUGAGAUUUUUAUUGAGGCAAGGUCUUCCUUUUCAUGGGCAUGAUGAGAGUGACACUUCAAGCAACAAGGGGAAUUAUUUAGAGCUCUUACAAUUUCUUGCUGAUUAUGAUGAGAAAGUUAAGGCCGUGUUAACAGAACAGAUGGCGAUGAUGUUUCGUUAUGUGGACAAAAGUGGGGAUAUAAUUGAGAGGUUUGUAGGCAUUCAACAUGUUAGUGAUACUACAUCAAACUCACUCAAGGAGGCUAUUGACACAUUAUUUUCAAUAGAGGAAUUGAGCAUUUCCAUGCUAAGAGGACAAGGAUAUGAUGGAGCUAGUAAUAUGAAGGCUCUUGUGGCUGUGGCAAAGGGAAAUGCUGAUAUUGCCACUUUCUUCACAUCUUGUAAUAGCUUGGUUAAUAUUGUUGUAGUAUCGUGUAAGCGUCGUGACAUGUUUAGAGAUCAACUACAAAAGGAUAUUACGGAAGCUCUAGAAAAAGAUUCUUUUCCAACAGGGCGAGGCUUAAAUCAAGAAACUUGUCUCAAGCGUCCUGGUGAUAUACGUUGGAACUCACAUUAUGGUACAUUACUUAGUAUAAUCUCCAUGUUUAAAUCUGUGGUGACAGUGCUCAAAUUUAUUAUUGAGAAUGGCUGCACUAAUAAUCUAGGUGAAGCAAAUAGGUCUUUGAGAGAAAUAUAA